AUGAAAUACAAGGAAGGCAAAUCCUUGGCGGAUCACUUGAACGAAAUUCAAGGGAUCGUGGAUCAGUUGUCCGAUGAGUUUGGCUAUAGAUUCUUUGAUCCAAUCCAAAAGAAGCUUAUAAGAAGUCGUGAUGCUGUGUUCAUCGAAAAUGAGACCAUCGAAGAUGUUGUUGCUAGGAAAGAAGUUCCUAGUACUGAUGCUAGUCAGGCUAACCUUGAGCUAGUGCCUCCAACACCAGCGCCUACAGAAGUUGGAGAGGAAGCACAUCAUGAUCAGCCUGAGAUAGUUGAACCAGAUGCCCAUAUGGAGGUUCAACCAGAAGAUGCUGAUGACGAUGGUCAACCACCAGCCAUAGAAGGUUCUCCUGUUCGAACAACAAGAUCUGGUAGAAUUUCACGAUCGUCUACCAGAUAUCCCGAGACUGAAUACGUCUCACUUACUGACGGCGGAGAACCAGAAAGCUUCACAGAAGCUAUGAAUGAUGAACACAAGCAAAGGAACGACCGCAGUUGUUCUGUCAGUCAAAGUGCUAUUCAUCUUGCGAAGAAUGCUUCAUUUCAUGCUCGAUCAAAACAUAUUGAUGUCCGAUAUCACUGGAUCCGAGAUGUGCUUGAAAUGAAACAGCUACAACUGGAAAAGAUCCAUACCGACGAAAAUGGAUCUGACAUGUGUACCAAGACUCUUCCAAGAGAAAAGUUUGAGUUCUGUCGAUCAGCUGCAGGGAUGAUGAAUUCGCCCAUGUAG